AUACGCUACAGACAUAGGGUACAGUAGGGUAGUAAGUGAGCUCGAAAAGUUGGAUUCUAAAUUGCCAGAAUACGAUGUUAAGGAAGAGUAGUUUGUUGCUGAAACAUUUUCGGUUUAUCACGAGAAAAUUUCACGAUGAAGCCAUUAUCAUUGGCUCCUCGCAGGACUUCAGUUCAGCAGACUAUCAGGAGAAUUACGUGCAGAUGGAGACCAUGGUAAAGGAACUGAAGGAAACGGUUGGGAAGAUCGUGGAGGGCGGAGGAGAAAAAGCGAAAGAGAGACAUACGAGUAAGGGGAAGCUUCUGGCGCGUGAACGAAUUGACACGCUCCUCGAUAAAACGUCACCUUUCCUUGAAUUCUCGCAGUUGGCCGGCUACAAACUGUACGAGAAAGAGGAGGUGCCAGCUGGUGGUCUUAUCACGGGUAUCGGUCGAGUAGCAGGGACUGAGUGUGUAAUAAUCGCGAACGAUGCAACGGUAAAAGGCGGCACUUACUACCCCAUAACAGCGAAGAAACAGCUGAGGGCGCAAGAGAUCGCGGAAGAGAAUAAUUUGCCUUGCAUUUAUUUAAUGGACAGUGGUGGCGCGAACUUGUCUAAACAAGCCGAUACGUUUCCGGAUAAAAUGAACUUUGGCAGAUGUUUUUACAAUCAGGCAAAUAUGAGCGCAAAGGGGAUCGCACAAAUCGCAGUAAUCAUGGGCAGCUGUACGGCAGGAGGCGCGUACGUGCCGGCAAUGGCUGACGAGAACGUGAUCGUGAAAAAACAUGGUACCGUAUUUUUGGCCGGACCGCCCCUUGUGAAAGCUGCCACCGGCGAAGACAUUUCUGCGGAAGAUUUAGGCGGUGCGGAGCUUCAUUGUCGGACUUCGGGAGUGAUCGAUCACUUUGCCUUGGACGACCAUCACGCUCUGUACAUCACUCGGCAGAUCGUGCAGGACUUGAAUCGACAAAGACCCAUGAACGUGAACGUAAGCAAAGAGAUAGAGGUACCGGUACACGCGGUAGACGAAAUUUAUGGUAUAGUCGGCGGAAAUUUGAGACGGCAGUAUGACGUGAGGGAAGUGAUCGCUAGAAUCGUGGACGGGUCCAAAUUCCGCGAAUUCAAGGCACAGUACGGAGAAACGCUGGUCACUGGGUUCGCGAGAAUCUACGGUUACCCGGUGGGAAUAGUUGCAAACAACGGUGUGCUCUUCUCGGAGAGCUCCCUCAAGGGUGCGCAUUUCGUACAGUUAUGCGCUCAAAGAAAGAUUCCUCUUAUCUUCUUACAGAACAUUACAGGGUUUAUGGUGGGGAGAAACGCAGAAGCCGGUGGUAUCGCAAAAAACGGGGCAAAAAUGGUGAAUGCUGUAGCCUGCGCUCAGGUGCCCAAAAUCACGGUGCUCAUCGGGAGUUCGUACGGGGCAGGAAAUUACGGGAUGUGCGGUCGAUCAUAUUCCCCGAGAUUUCUCUAUUCUUGGCCAAACGCCAGAAUAGCUGUGAUGGGAGGAGAACAGGCUGCGGGGGUGAUGGCUCAAAUUGCCAGGGAACAACACGAACGAGCAGGAAAAGUGUUAACAGCGGAAGAGGAAGCAGAGAUCAAGAAGCCGAUCAUAGAGAAGUUUGAGCACGAAAGCCACCCUUACUUCGCCAGUGCCAGACUGUGGGAUGACGGCGUGAUCGAUCCCGUUGACACCCGGAUGGUACUCGGUCUCAGCUUAUCGGCGGCGUUAAACGCACCGAUCCCAGAGACUAAGUUCGGAAUUUUCCGAAUGUAGGCAGAUUUGAAGACUGUUAACCAUUUGAGUACAUAAUCGGAGAUUCGUGAAUGGCCUUGCCUAUUCGAUAUUAUUACAAGCCAAAGAAAUACAUUGGUAUAUAUUUUUUAUACGGAACCAUCAUGUAUAUAUGAGUGUUAAACAUUCCAAAUACAAGCGUAUUUGUUUUUUUUAUGUUUUAA